UGAGACCACAGACGUCUCUACACAGACUCAGUUGGUGCUGGUGCUGAGAUAUGUAGAUGGAAAACACGCUGUGCAAGAACGGUUCUUUGAAUUUGUCCCCAUCUUGUCAGCAACGGCCAGCUCCAUUGCCGAUGCAAUUUUGGAGAGACUGAAUAGCGUUUUCACUGAUGAUGAUAAGUGUAAACUCAUUGCGCAAGCCUACGACGGUGCCAGUGUGAUGAGAGGAGAGAGAGCUGGUGUGCAGCAAAAGGUACGAGAAGAGUACAAAAAUGCCCAUUAUUUGCAUUGCUACGCACACCAGCUGAAUUUGAUCAUGCAGCAGGCCACUUCACACAUCUCAGCAGUGAGAGUUUUUUUCUCUGACCUUGGUGGGAUUUCCAGUUUUUUUACCCGGUCACCCAAACGCACAGCCCUUCUCGACCAGAUUGUUGCACGAAGGCUGCCUAGAGCAUCAUCCACAAGAUGGAACUUCAACAGCAGGAUCGUGAGCACUGUCUAUGAGAACCUGGGCGACCUCAUAGAGUGUUUUGAGACCAUCAGGUCAGACAGCACCUUUGACAGCACCACCGUGAGGGAGGCGUCUGGCUUCCUGAGGAUGCUGCAGGAUGAAGAUUUUGUUUUUUUCCUGCAGCAGUUUCAUCAAAUCAUGCCUCAUGUUGACAUGAUGUACCAACAGCUGCAGAAGAGGGACAUUGACAUGGUGUUCAUCAAACGUGCCCUGCAGAACUUCACCAGCAGUAUUCAGGCCAUCAGGGACCAAAGCUCCUCUCAACAGCAGCAGCAAGAAGCCCCAGGUACCACAAGAUCAAGGAGAGCCUUGGGAGAACAAGAGAAGCAGAGGCUGUCAAAAGAGAUCUGUGACACAAUCCUUGGCCAUGCCAAAGCCAGGUUCUCCUUCACCAGCCACCUUGUGAGUGCCGUGCUGCUAGAGGCAGAGCUGUUUGACCGGCAUCGGACAACAUUCCCUGAAGAGGCUCUGAAUACCACCGUGAGGGCAUACCCCAUGCUACACAAGGAGAGGCUCAGGACUGAGCUUUCUCUCAUCUACGAAAGUCCAGACUUCAGGGGCUGCUGCGGUGCACUGGCUCUGUACCAGGUUCUACAGAGCUACAACCUCCAGGAAACCUUCUCUGAGACUGUGGCGCUGUUGAACAUCCUCAUAACCACUCCGAUGACAACAGCUGAAGCUGAGAGGUGUUUCUCCACCUUAAAGAGGAUCAAGACAUUCCUGAGAAAUACAAUGGGACAGGAACGUCUGAAUGCAUUGGGCAUGCUUUCCAUGGAAAGAGAGCUGGUCAGGAACAUGCCUGAUUUCAACGAGAGGGUGAUUGAUCGCUUUGCUUGCUUGAAAGAGAGGCGAGCUAAAUUUCAAUACAAGUGAUGAGUGAGUGUGUUCUUAAAUGGUGAGUUGUGUUAUGUUGUACUCUCCAAAUGUUGAAUUGUAAAUAGUUGUAUUGAUUGCAUAUUGCCAGCCAAAUACAGUUAUGUUCAUAAUAAUAGCAGUGUGUUUAAAAAGGUGACCGCUUCAUUACAUGUAUUUUUUUUAACAAUGGGACUUUGCGGGGGCUUCUUGGUGGUAGCUUGGCUUCACAUAGACGUUGUCUGAUUGUUACAGUACUCACAGGCAAUCUUAGAUCUUCUCUGAUCCUCCUGGAGCUGAUCAUUGGCUGAUCCUUUGCCAUUUUGGUUAUUCUCCGAUCCCUUCGAAUAGUUGUUUUUCUUUUUCUUCCUCACCUGGUGGUGAUGGUUUUGGCUGCCAUUUUAAAGCGUUUGAUAUCAUUUUAGCUGAACAGCCUAUCAUUUUCUGCACUUCUUUAUAGGUUUUCCCCUCUUUUAUUAAUUUCUUAAUCAAAGAAUGCUCUUCUUCUUAACAGUGUCUUAAACAACCCGUUUUACUCUGUUUUUCAAGGACAAAUGCACAGCCAGCAUAUGCAGCAUCAGUUGCCUUGAUCCUUGAAUAGGGGCCAUCUGUUUAACACCUAUUUUUUUUCACAUAAUCAAUGACCUCAAUAGUUGAACCUGGCACUGCUAUUUUUUUGAACACGCCCCUUUCAGUAAAUGAUUCAGUUUCACAGAAUCAGCAGCAUGCACGUCAUGCCUGUUGGGUCUGUUGGUUUUCUAUACCUUUACUAAACCUGUAAACUGUAUAGUGGUAAAUGGAAUAUAUUCUGGAAAAUUUUGAUUAAUUACAGUUUUGAUUAUAGUAUAAUUUGAUUUGAUUAUUGCUAUGGCAUCCAUGAUGGCUAUAAAUUGUAGACUGUGCUAAAAGUGAUUUCAAGGGCAAACUAUUAGAUGACAAACUAUCUGUUAAUGUGUGUUUUAUUGUGGAACCAAAUGUAUUGUAUAUUUUAUG